AUGAGCGGCCAAGGCGACAAAGGUUCGGAAAGCCUGUCGGGCUCCGCGACGAGCGCGACGACAUCGCACGUCAAGGCCAGCAGCGCCUCUGUGACCGCCACAUCCGCCGCGAGCAGCACUGGCAGCCUUUCCAGCAUCGGGUCGGGCAGCAUCAUGAGUCCGCACAUUCAAUUCAAAGCCGAGUCUCUCCAGGUUUACGAGGCCAAGACCCAGCCGCCCGACGAUACCACCACCGUCAUCAUACCCUUUUACUUGGCUGCAGACAGCGUCAUCGUCGACAGCAUUACGUGGUACUGGGAUAGUAAACCUAACACCGAUCUGCUCGCGAUAGGAGAUCGGGUGUAUACCGCCACCAGGGGCUUCCUUUUCCAGCAACCUACGUUUGGCAAGAGUAGGGAAAUCCACGGCGACAUCGAUGCCAUCAUCAACAACCACUCUUACGCCCUCGGAUAUCCCCUGGUCUUCGGGAUCGAGUGGACCGCGGGCAGCCAGAAGGGAAUAACCUACUCGCCCGCCUUCUCCAUCGUCAAGGACGACGGUGCCGUUGAAAAGGCCCGAGAACUACUCGCAACUUCAAAGUACGUCGAUGGCAUCGAGAGGAAUGACAAGGACGGCAGCGAAAUCACCGGAACCCGCCAGUCUGCUUCCGCUACCUCCAUCAGCGCUUCCAAUACCGCUAGCACGACCAUCAGCGCGGCCACUCCGGACCCUUCAACCGGUCUCAACACCAGCGGCAGCAAAAGCGUCGGCCAAGGCGGCCGGGGUCUGAGCACCGGCGCAGUUGCCGGCAUCGCAGUCGGCGUCGGCCUCGCCGCGCUGCUGGCCGCCGCGCUCGCCGUCUUCUUCUUCCUGCGUCGCCGCCGUCGCCGCCGCCAGGCCCCAGCCUCGUCCGCCUCCGACAGCGCCGCGGCGCUCGAGCUCGAGCAGAAGCGCGCCGAGAUGGAGAACCUGCGCGCCUCCGGCGGCGACGCCAACGGAGCCGCCGCCACCGCCGCCGACGCCGACGCGCCGUAUCGCGACGACACCACCACCACCACCACCAACAACAACAACAACACGGCCGCCGCCGCGUCCAGCCAGCACGAGCGCCGCCGGAGCAGUGCCGCCGCCGCGAAGCAGCUGCCCGCCACGCCGCCGUCGAGGAGCAGCAGCGAGGUCCGCGCGCAGGGCGUGUCGCGCCACCUGGUCGAGGAGGGCAUGACGGACGCCGAGAUCCGCCGGCUGGAGGCCGAGGAGGCGCACCUGGACGACGAGAUUCAGCGUGCGAGCGCGGCGAGGCGUUGA